AUGGGUCCUAAAACCCUCAACCUAUCGCAAAAAACUUCUGACUUUGAUGAAAAUGCCAACACAACAGAGACGAAUGAGGAUAUUAAUGGACUGCAGCUUAUAUCCUCGUCAGAUCAGGGCAACCACAUAUUGCCUAUGCCGGAGCACGAAACCACUGUGUUCUCGAGAGUGUCGCCGGUCAGAGGACAAUGUCUGAUUAUUCAGGGACUUCCCGAAUCCACAGCUGGUGCCUCCAAAGAGCGGGUCUCGGCAGACCUGAAACUCUUCCAAUGCCUACUCAANAGCGGCACCAUAAUCAAACGCCCCAAAACUCUGAAACUAACAUUUUUUUACACCAACGUGCAGAGUAUAUUGCCCAAGUUAGACGAACUGAAGAUCCACAUCUGUGACCUUUCCCCUGACAUUGUCUCUUUGACAGAAACCUGGCUGUCUGAAAACGUGGAUGACCGCGAAUUAAUGCUACCAGGAUUUCAGCUGUUUCGAAGAGACAGGAGAGAGCGUCAGGGAGGAGGAGUCGUCACGUACGUAAAACACGGCCUGCUUGUGUCAGAAAAAACAGAACAGUUUGCCUGCAGCGCCGAGACUAUCUGGCUCAAUAUAAGGGUACCAGGAUCACAUAGCCUUGAAGUUCUGACCGUCUAUCGACCACCGAGGAGUGACCCCGAGGCUGACGCUCGUCUGUUAGAGGAGCUAGGACGAUUUGCUCUCCGGCCUGACGUCCUAAUCAUGGGCGACUUCAAUGCACCGCUCAUUGAUUGGAGUUCACUAUACGCGCGCGGCCCAGAACUAGCUUUCGACCGACGCUUCUUGGACAUGGCACUCAGGUCAUUUCUCACACAGCACGUCCUAUUUCCCACGAGGGUCCGUGAGGGGCAGCAGUCAAACUGCUUGGACCUGGUGCUCACGAAAUCGAUGGACAGCAUAGAUGAGGUACAAUGUCUGCCUCCCUUAGGUCGAAGCGAUCACGUUGUACUUCAAUGGGACUAUUCAAUCUUUUCCGUGCCUGAACAGCCCACCAAAAUUAGAAGAAAUAUUUGGCGUGGGGACUUCGAUCAAAUGAAGGCCGAAAUCAACAAUACGGACUGGGAAUCAGCGUUUUCCGGAAAUAUAGAGGAGGAUUGGAAAUGGUUCAGUGAAUUAUUGCAUGCUCUCCUGACAAACCACUGCCCGCUUUCACGGAAGGGGCUAAACAAACGACCCCGGUGGCUGACCCAGGCGUUAAAAAAGGAAAUAAAUAAAAAACGGAGAUUGUGGCAGAAAUCUCUUACUGAUGGGACUCCUGUAUCCAUAAACGCAUACAAAAUACAGAGGAACUUAGUCAAGCGGCUGACCCUCAGGACACGGCAAAAUUUUGAAAAAGACCUAUUGAAUCGUGCUAUGGAAAAUCCAAAAUUAUUCUACAGCUACAUAAGAAGCAGCACACGAAACAGAGAUCCAAUCCCCCUCCUGAAGACUAGCGGAGACGUAGAGAUUAGUGAGGAUGGAGAAAAAGCUGAGCACUUUUCACAAUUUUUCAAAUCCAUCUUUACUAGUGAAAGUCCAUUUACUCCCCCCGACUACGACUUCGAUGAGGGUCCAAAAAUCGAGUCUGUGUCUUUUGAUGAAGCGACGGUUCGCAAAGAGCUAAUGACGCUAAAUGAGUCGAAAUCACCAGGUCCAGACGACAUACCGCCUAAGUUACUGAAGGAGCUCGCUGCCGUACUAGCCAAACCAUUGUCCAUGCUUUUCCAAGCCUCGUUCGAAGCCGGCGGCUUGCCCGCCGACUGGAAAUCUGCGCGGAUCACACCACUGCAUAAAGGAGGCAGCAAGGCCUCUGCAAACAAUUACAGGCCAAUUAGCCUCACUUCCAUCUGCUGCAAACUCAUGGAGAAAAUAAUCAAGCGAGAGCUGAUGCGCUUCCUAGAGCAGCAUAAUUUAUUAUCUGAUGCGCAGCAUGGGUUUCGUAGUGGCAGGUCUUGCGUGACUAACCUGCUCAACUGUUUGGAACGUUGGACUCGGUCAGUUGAUGAAGGCAGUGCGCUGCAUGUAGUCUAUAUCGACUUUAAAAAGGCAUUUGAUAGUGUCCCACAUCAGCGACUCCUGCACAAACUGAGCCGAACAGGCGUUAGGGGUAACCUCUUAAAAUGGAUUCAACGUUUCCUGUUAGAUCGUUGUCAAACUGUCCAUGUCGGUGGCCAGAAGUCGACGGAGGUUGCCGUUGAAAGCGGUGUUCCCCAAGGCUCAGUUCUUGGCCCUACUUUGUUCAUCAUUUACGUCAACGAUUGCGUGAGUGAACUGGAUUGUGGUGUCGCCAUGUUUGCGGAUGACAUUAAGCUCUGGCGCGUCAUUCGAACUGCAGAUGACGAAGAGCAUCUGCAGGCGAACCUAAAUCGACUCCAACAGUGGUCAAAGGCCUGGCUUCUGCCGUUCAACGAGAAAAAGUGCAAUAUUCUACGAGUCGGCAGAGCUCGCUCUCCGAACCAUAUGGCCUACUGCCUAAAUGGUAUACCACUGCAAGAAGUGGACUCUCAGAAGGACUUGGGAGUAUGGAUUACGACCUCGCUCAAACCCUCGCUGCACUGCACGAAGAUAGCCAAGUCUGCAAUGUCAGUCCUCUACCUUGUCAAGCGGGCUUUCUCUGCCUUUGACGAAGACUGCUUCGCUAAAGUCUUUCGAACUUUUGUGCGUCCGCAACUAGAAUUUGCUAUCCAAGCUUGGAGACCCUGGACCGCGAAGGACCUCAGCAUCCUUGAAAGGGUUCAAAGGCGUGCAACGAAACUUGUGGCAGGACAGGGUUCACUACCAUAUGCAACGCGGUUAGCUAACCUUCAUCUCUUUCCCUUGAGUUACAGGCAGUUACGGGGUGACCUGAUAAAAGUCUUCCGUAUCAUACGCGGUCAGGACUGCAGCCUCGUACCGGGUGACUUCUUCGAGUUAGCAACCACCACAAAUCUACGAGGCCAUCCAUUCAAACUACGUGUGACAGGGGCCAGACUGGACACACGAAAGUUCUUCUUCUCCAGCAGAGUGGUAGAAGCCUGGAAUGCCCUGCCUGUGGAUGUCGUUAUGUCUGCUUCCGUCGAGGUUUUUAAGAGGAAGCUGGAUUUGUGUAGCAGUGUGCACUAA